GCGGUCCAACCCGCGGAGGCUCGACCCGGAAGCCGCCGUGGCCGCCGCAUAAGCUGCGCUCGUCUCUAGGCAGGGGAGCUCCGUGUCGCACCGGGUUCUUGGGCCGGCCGUGUCCUCGGGCCGGCCGUGUCCUCCUCCCUCGGUCGCCACUGGCCCAUGAGUCCCCAUGGCGACGGCAGGGGCCAGGCCCGGGGGCGGGCAGUCCGAGUGGGGCUGCGGCGCUCCGGAGGCAUCCGCGGCGGCGUGGCGGUGUUCGCCGCCGUGGCCGCAGUGUUCACCUUCACCCUGCCCCCUUCGGUACCGGGGGGAGACUCCGGGGAACUGAUCACAGCCGCACAUGAGCUUGGAGUUGCCCAUCCUCCUGGAUAUCCUUUGUUCACGCUGGUGGCUAAACUGGCAAUUACACUGUUUCCUUUUGGUUCAAUUGCCUACCGCGUCAAUCUUCUUUGUGGCUUAUUUGGAGCAGUAGCUGCAUCAUUACUUUUUUUCACCGUUUUCAGGCUUUCUGGCUCAUCUGCUGGAGGAAUCCUUGCUGCGGGGGUGUUUUCAUUUUCUCGUCUAACAUGGCAGUGGUCCAUUGCAGCAGAGGUUUUUAGCUUAAACAAUCUCUUUGUGGGGCUGCUUAUGGCUCUUACUGUACAUUUUGAGGAAGCAGCAACUGCUAAGGAGAGAUCAAAGAUAGCUAAAAUUGGUGCUUUCUGCUGUGGCCUUAGUUUAUGUAACCAGCACACAAUAAUACUCUAUGUUUUGUGCAUAAUACCUUGGAUUCUCUUUCAACUUUUAAAAAAGAAGGAACUCUCCCUGGGCUCUUUGUUGAAGUUGAGCCUGUACUUCUCUGCUGGUUUGCUGCCCUAUGUCCACCUUCCCAUCUCAUCUUACCUUAAUCAUGCCCGGUGGACCUGGGGAGACCAGACAACACUGCAAGGAUUUUUGACACAUUUUCUCAGGGAAGAAUAUGGAACCUUCAGCCUGGCCAAAUCUGAAAUAGGAUCCAGUAUGUCUGAAAUACUGCUUUCUCAAGUAACAAAUAUGAGGACCGAACUCUCAUUCAACAUCCAAGCCCUUGCGGUUUGUGCAAAUAUAUGUUUAGCAAGAAAGGACAGACAGAAUCCAUCAUUAGUAUGGCUUUUUACUGGAAUGUUUUGCAUUUAUUCAUUGUUCUUUGCUUGGAGAGCAAAUUUAGAUAUUUCAAAACCACUUUUCAUGGGUGUGGUGGAACGAUUCUGGAUGCAGAGCAAUGCAGUAGUGGCUGUCCUCGCUGGCAUUGGUUUGGCUGCAGUUGUGUCUGAGACUAAUCGAGUGCUGAAUAGCAAUGGGCUUCAGUGUCUGGAAUGGCUUUCUGCAACUCUUUUUGUAGUUUACCAAAUAUAUUCUAAUUACAGUGUUUGUGACCAAAGGACCAACUAUGUGAUUGAUAAGUUCGCAAAGAACCUUCUCACCUCUAUGCCUCAUGAUGCAAUUAUCUUACUCAGAGGAGAUUUGCCAGGAAAUUCUCUCCGUUACAUGCAUUACUGUGAGGGGUUGAGGCCUGACAUUUCAUUAGUGGAUCAGGAAAUGAUGACUUACGAGUGGUAUUUACCCAAGAUGGCAAAGCACUUGCCAGGUGUCAACUUUCCUGGGAACCGGUGGAAUCCUGUGGAAGGAAUAUUACCUAGUGGAAUGGUCACAUUUAAUCUUUAUCAUUUUCUUGAAGUAAAUAAACAAAAAGAAACCUUUGUUUGCAUAGGAAUUCAUGAAGGCGACCCAACCUGGAAAAAGAACUAUUCACUUUGGCCAUGGGGGUCUUGUGACAAAUUAGUUCCUUUGGAGAUUGUAUUCAACCCUGAGGAAUGGAUUAAACUUACAAAAAAUAUCUAUAACUGGACCGAAGAAUAUGGAAGGUUUGAUCCAUCUUCUUGGGAAUCUGUGGCCAAUGAAGAAAUGUGGCAAGCGAGGAUGAAAACACCAUUCUUCAUCUUUAACCUGGCAGAAACUGCUCACAUGCCUUCAAAAGUGAAAGCUCAACUCUACGCUCAAGCAUAUGACGUAUGUCUUUAUAAGGAGAUUGUCUAUUUACAAAAGGAGCACCCAGUGAAUUGGCACAAGAACUAUGCCAUCGCCUGUGAGCGGAUGCUGCGUCUUCAGGCAAGAGAUGCAGAUCCUGAAGUGCUGUUAUCGGAAACCAUCAGACAUUUCCGUCUGUACUCUCAGAAAGCACCGAAUGACCCACAGCAAGCUGAUAUUUUAGGUGCUGUAAAGCACCUAAGAAAAGAACUGCAAAGUCUGAGAAAUAGGAAAAAUGUCUGAGACAGCAAAAUAUGAAAAACCUGCUCAUCGUUCAGCUUCCAAAAUUCUGAAGUCCGGAAGUUCUUCCUUCAAGAAAAGAAACUGCAUAAAAAAUUUAAAACUAAGUCAUCUCCCAGAUAUAAGUAUCAUGGUCCAGCAGUACUGUUUAAUGGGGUAUUCAGUGACUAAGGUCUGCUAUUUAUGCAAAAUUCUGUUUAUCCCGUGUUACCAAAUUACCAUUUCAGUGAGAAGCUUUUGAAAAGUCUUCUGACUUCCAGUCUUUCACCAGAUGACGGCACUGGAUUAGAUUCUAGAAGACAAUGAACCAUUUUCAUAUAACUAAAUAUUGGUCAUGAACUACGUAAGGGCCAUGCUUAUUGGGAUCAGUUUUAAAGUUAAAUUCUUUUGAUAUUAAUACCAGACCAAAGACAUUUUCUGUUUCCUGGAAAAAAAAAAUGAAUCAUGUUAGGCUUUAGGUGAGAGUACAUUUUUUACAAAGUAGCUAUAGUUGUUACAUAGUCUUACACUUCAAGCUAAACACCAAAUGGGUGAUAUUUUGAAAAAAGUUUGUGUUUUACUGUCUUAGAUCGUUCUUGGAAAUCACUAAAAAAAAAAAGUUAAUUUGAUGUUUGCUUAUUUCAGUUGCAGAAACUGAUUGGCGAGUAAAAAAGAUUUUGCAUUUACUUAAUUAAUUUUAUAUUUAUGUUUUAUUUCUAUUUGGACUCAGAGAUCUAGGCCCAAUAAUUAGUAGGCUCCUGCUGCCAAAAUGCAAAGGGGAAAAAAAAGGCAGGGAUUGGGGGGGAUGGGGAAGUGGCCCAAUAAAUUCAUUUCUGUUACAAGCAUCUUUUAUACAUAUUACUAAAGAGAACAUAGUAAGAAAUGCAAAUAAUAGUUCUUUAUUUUAUUAUGACAGUUAAUUAAUAGCAACCUGUUUUAAUGAAUAAAGUCACUCAGAGUCCUUCAGCACUUCCUAAGUAGAGGCCAGAAUCUGUAGGGCUUCUUUUCCCCCCAAUUGUAUAGCUCCUAGACUCCAAGCACUAUAUAGGCCCCUGUAUAGAAAUGCUCACUAAUGAAGAGGGAGGGCUAGAAGCUUGUCUGCAUUCAAAGAUCACUGGUGAGUCAUUCAGCAAGAAAAGGCCCCUUACCAGGAAUAGUCACAGUUCCGUGGCAUUGUACUAGCAAAAGGGUCUGAUCAAAGGUCUCCCGUGGAGCUUGCAUGGUUCCCUUUCAUACUACGACCAUAAUUAAAACCACUAAUUCUCUUUUAAAAUGCUGCAGGAUGCCAUGUAGGCAUCUGUCUGGAGUGUCCUUUGUGAUGUCAUAAGCUGUUAAGGACCAGUGCCGAGGGCUUUUGAGUGAAAUGCCAGUCAUGAAGGUGCUUCAAGACAAGGGUGCCUCUAAAAGCUUGACAGGGCCUUGACUGCACAAUUCGAGCUGAAUUUGCCCCUUGUCAGCUGCCAGUAAAUAAAUCAUCUCAAAGGGGGAAAAGCUGAAGUUUCAUUACCUGAUCCAUGGGGCUUUGUUGGUUUUGGCAUCACACAGGGGAAGCUCUUGCCCCUCCAUUCUCUGGAUUUGAAGAUGUCCAUUGGAGCCUGCAGUGCCUGGACAGGGUUCAGAGCGGAACCUUUUGAAGAGUGUCAAUAGUUGUAACAGUUCAGCUGUUAGGAAGACAAAUAAAUGGAGGAGCUCAUUAAUCCGCUUUUGGCUCUCAGUGCCUUUUGCCCUUUUAUCACAGCCUUAUUAGGCUCCUACUCAUCUUGAACCAGAAAAAAAUGAAUUGAAGUUGUUGAGUACUAAUUGGCAAAGACUUUUAAUCAUGGGCCAAGAACUUUCACUGACUUGAAAGUAACUUCUCCACAGGGAAGGACCAAAAACCUGGUUUACCUUAAAACAAAAACCUGUUGGAGUUCAGCGUGGUGUAAAAAUGUAAGGAAGCAUUGAUAAAUUGUCUAAGUUUAUCCAUUUGAAAGAAAUUGCGUAAGAUUAUGAUAUUCUCUUUUCUUUAAAAAAAAAAGUACAGUAAAAUUCAAACAUUCCUUAGGAAAGCAUUGUCUUUAUUGGUUCAGAAAAGAGAUUGCACAUAUGCGUGGUGGUUGUGUUUGUUUCUGAACAUCUAUACACAGGUAUGUGAAUAUUCAUCUCUGCAUCUACAUACGCAUGUGGUGGUUGAGGAACCUUAUUAAAAGUUAUAUUUCCUAUUAGUAGCCUUAAGAAUGGCAAAUGAAGACCUCUUUUUGAGACUCUGCUUUAAAAAAUUUUUUAAAUAUGUGUCUGUACUAUAGAGAUAUGUGUAUGGAUGAACGUGCUUUGUGUAUAGAUUAUUGUCAAAUGGUACCUAGAUUAUUUUGUAUGUGUGCAACAGUGACUUUGGGCCACUCUCUCUUUGAGAAACCAAUGAUAUGAUGGCCCGGAGUAGAUAGGAUCAUAAUGAUUUAAGUUUCUAAAAACCACUGGUAAAUGAAAAACUAGUAAACUGAGCUGAGAUUUAGGGAUGUUGGACUUCAUUCCCAGAUCAACUACUUUGGAGAAUCCUUUCCUUUCUAUUAGAUGAGGUUAAACAAGUUGCUUUCUUUUUCUUUCUCUUACUUUCCUUGGCUAGUGUACAGACACCAUAAAAUCUGAUAAAAGGGGUUUCCUGUAGUCUGACCCCUGACAUUGAGGAGACUGUAAUGGAGGUGACUUCUCAUGCAAGAUUUGGCCAGCGUUCUAGCAGUGUCCCGGGAGUGCCAUGGUUUGGCAGGAAGACAGGAACCCCACAAGGCCAACUUCUGCCUGGACUUCGGCCUGAGGAGCCAGUGGGAGCCAGUGAAACUGUCUGCCUCUCCACAUGCGUCAGGGCCCUGCCGCCCUGGCACCAAGGCUGGCACGCACCAGAGGGCAAGUGGAGAAGCGGAUGGUGGCUCCCAUGUUAUCUGACUAACCACUGGGUGGGCUACACUCCCUGUGCCCCCGCUGUUGCCUCUGAUAGGAGUAUGCUUGGUUCUUGGUAUUGACUUGCCUUUUUUUGUUGUUUUUUAAAAGCACCCAUUUUGUUCAAUGCUUCUGUUCUAUUACUCAAAAUGUAGCCAAAAUAGAAGGGAAUCAAUUACUAGUGUAUUAUUUUGAAAGCUUCAAACAGAAAUUGUGAAAUGUUAUUUCUGCUCAUAUUCUUAGUAUUUUCUCUUGGUAGAAUCAUAAUGUUUAGCCUUUAUGAUAUUUAAAACCCAUUUUCAGUGUUAGGUUUAUUUUUAUGAUACUCUGCCGGUAACUUUUAAGUCAUCAGGCUAGGAUAUGAAGAGUAGUUUUUUAAGUUUAUGUUUUAAAAGUGAAAUAUUGUGAAUCUUUCAUCAUAGUUCUCAUCAGUAUCCCUCAGAAUUUUUAAAUGUUAAUGCUUUAAUAUUUAGGAAAAAUUUUAUACCAAAGUUGAAAAAAAAUAGAAUCCUGUUACUCCCGA